AUGGCUUCUUCAAGUGGAACUUCUUCAGGCUAUUCAACGCUUCCAAACUCAGGUUCAGAGGAAGAUUUGAUGCUUCUAAUGGAUCAAAGAAAAAGAAAGAGAAUGAUAUCGAAUCGCGAAUCGGCAAGGCGAUCUCGAAUGAGGAAACAAAAACACUUAGAUGAUCUUGCUCUUCAAGUAACUCAACUAAGGAAUGAGAAUCAACAGAUUCUAACAUCUGUGAAUCUCACAACUCAACGUUUCUUGGCUGUUGAAUCUGAGAACUCAGUGCUAAGAGCUCAAUUGAAUGAACUCAACAACAGAUUUGAGUCUUUGAAUGAGAUCAUCAACUUCAUGAAUGUUACAAAUGGUGUUUUUGAGCCUCUUGAUAAUAUUAACAAUAACAACUUCAAUAGCCCUUUGAAUAUGGCUUAUUUGAAUCAACCAAUCAUGGCUUCUGCAGACAUGAACAUGAUGCAUUAUUGA